CACUGAACAUGGUUGGCCUCCAAUUCACACACAAUCUCACAUGCAUGCUCCCGAGGCCUCGGGUGACUUGGUCGUCGACAUCCACCAGAAGCAUGACAUCACCCCAUGCUGGAGGUCAGUUUCCAGCCGCCCACUGCCAUCCUGUAUCAGGCUAGGGAACGAGUAUAUGUCGUGGCUCCCUUGUGAUGACCUAUUCCCUCAUCUCCAACCACACCCAUGAUAUCCUAAUCUCCAUUCACGACCAACACAAAUUUGCAAUUAGCAGUCAUCCUGUUGGAGAUUUAGGAAUUCACAAACUGUACAAACCUUCAAAAAAGAGACUAUUAUUAAGAACAAAGAGAUGUCCUUCAUUGAAAGCAGAAGGGACACAAGGCAUCUUUCAGGUACAGAGUAAAAUGGUUAAACAACUAUGUCCAUGAAUGUUCCAAGGUUCACUGAUUCCUUUGUUGUAGCUAUUGCUUAGAGAAGUGAAACUGUUUGGCCAGUGGGGGUGGGCUCCUAUUGUCUCCAUGGGUCCAUGGGAAAUGGAUGAUCAAAAAUAGGGCUCGGUCUUGGUACAUUGUUGCCUUGAAGUGGCACUUCUCCUACCCUUAAUUUCCUCCUCACCACCUUUUUUAUUUUUUCUUUCUUUUCUUAUUUUUUUCUCCUUCUCUUUUAUAUACACUUCCAUUGGGCCUCCUUCUCCUUGUGCUCUGCCAUCUCUCCCCUCCCAUACACUUGGUUCAGCAAUAAAAAGAGAACAAAAGAGAAUCCGAGAAGCUUCUGUAGCCAUCAAGAUCAUGUCAGGCAGAGGUAGGAGGAUAACAGAUGAGGAGAUCAAUGAGCUAGUCUCUAAGCUUCAGUCACUGCUCCCCGAGUCCCGCCGCAGGAACAUAGGCAGAGCAUCUGCAUCGAAGCUACUGAAGGAGACAUGCAGCUACAUCAAGAGCUUGCACCGAGAGGUGGACGGUCUGAGCGACCGGCUUUCCGGCCUAAUGGCGACGAUGGACAGCGACAGCCCUCAGGCCGAUAUCAUUCGGAGCCUCCUCAGGUCCUAGGGAGAGUCAAUACUGUCAUUUUCAUCCUUGUUUAAUUUAGUAUCACCCCCAGGAGAUCUGAGGGUCAUACAUGGUGUCCACAGUUUCUGAUGUGUGUUUGUUUAUCUAGUUCACCGGUACAUGCGUUUGAUGUUGUUGCAGCUGCUCUACCCACCCUCGUAUGAUUUGUGCAUUUCUGUGGCUUGAGUGGUUUCUUACAUUUCAUGAUCACACCAGAAGGGAGAAAAUAUCAUGUAC